UCCAAGAUGGUUGCAGUCGGGAAUAUAAAGUCGUCGGAGACGAGUUUUGGUCAGGUUUGACUCAAUUUGCGUCGUGAUUUGGGCUGUAACAGUGAAUAUUACGGAUCAGAGAAGGACGUAGUAUUUCAAAGUAUAGCUUGAAGUGUAUUAGAAUGUCUGAAGUGAUUGUAGAACCGAAGAAUAAGGCCUCCGACGGUGGCUAUACCGAUGUCGCAUCCGGUGGGAAGGGUACGUCAACACCAAGGACGGACCCAAAUCAGCGACAAGAACACUCCCCUCAAGAACGACAUGCGAACGGACAACAAGAUUCACCCGACGUGGACAUUACAGACGACAUGGUAGGACUUCAAGUAGAGGAUGAACGUUUUUCUGCGGAAGAAAACGCCGGCAAAAGCGUUUCAAGUCUUGACGAAAACAACAGUGGUAAACAGAUCACUGGGAAUCCAGGGCCACUUCCGGAUAGUGGGAAACUGGAUAUUGUGAACGACAGUGGAAGAGACAAUGUUGCUAUGUCCGAGGAAAAGACUUCGAGGCUGCUUCAAGAGGCACCGAAGAACGACGUUGUCCGUUUGGACGAUCCUGGCAAUUUGAGAAUGGUAAAAAAACAGGAUAAACAAAAUUAUGAUUCUGUUGAAAACGACGAUAUCAUUACUAUAGAACCAGGAACAAAAUCCAAAUUACUACACAAGGAAGGUUCGUCAACAAAUGGAAACAUUUGUGACAGAACUGAAAGUUCAGAAGAAACAUUUGCUACAGAAGAGAGCACGAGUGGCACCAACUCACAGUUCACAGAAGAAGGAAGCACAGUAGAACUUCUAGAAGGAGCAAUGGCAGAGAGCAAGCCUACAUCUUUGGAAGGGGCCACAGCCAACAGUGAACCCAAGAGGCCAGACUCCAUCCCACUAGUUAACAGUAUAGACUUAUACAGGAGACUACAUGACCCCUUGUCAGGGAUAAGAACUGAGGGAAGGAGAGAAGAGGAAAAGAAGGGUGCGGCGGGAGGCUCGUGGGGUCUGGCACAGCAAGGGUUUGUGAGCAGGGAAGGGGACAUGGUGUCAUUUGUGGCUACAGACUUAACACAGAAGAUAAAGAAGAGCACCCCAAACAGACAGACCAAUGACCCAGAGUUAGAACUCAUCCUUGGGCAAAAAGAGCACACGGCAGCUACCAGCGAGGCUGUAGGCAGUAGAAAAGCUACUGACAUGCCCCCUAUUGACCCUCGGGUGUUGGUGCACCUGGAGAAGCAGGCUAAACAGGUGUCAGAGAGUCUGGAGAUCAUGAUGGGAAACCUACGGGGAACACUACAUAGUAUGUCAGCCAUCACAGUGGGGUGUAUGCAGACACACAGAGACAUGGUGGAGUCACUAGGAGACACCACAGAUCUCUGUGUAAAGGCAAUGUACACACUGAUAGCAAGGUGUGAAGAACUCAACAACAGUAUGAAACCAGUACACGAGAUUGCACAACAGAUAAAGGACAUCAAGAAGCAACUUGAAGCCUUCGAAGCUCUGUGCAAGUGAAGUUCCAUGUAUUCAGCCUUACAUGUAUGUUUGCUAUAGCUACAGGGAUUCAUGAUACUACAGGGAAGGGAGGGUAUGGUGAAAUGAAAUGUCUAAUUUCUA